UUUCCUCUUCUUUUUCUGGCCUCAAACUACCUCCUGACCCGUGGCUGGAAAUAAAACUUUGGGGUGCUGCUAUACACAGAAGACAAAAGGCAACUCAGCCUGGAGCUUCUCAAAAGGAACUCCAGGCUGGCUUUUUCAACAGGCCUUUGCUGGACAACCGAGUUGGGCCAACCAGGCUGGAGAAGUGGCGUCUUUGAGGUCUUGCUGUGGGCCAGAGAAGGACCAGCCCCCAAAUGGAAGCCCUGGCUUUGUAUAACUUCCAGGCUUCGGAGAAGGAUGAAUUGCCCUUUAAGAAGGGAGACACGCUCAAGAUUCUAAACAUGGAAGAGGACCAGAAUUGGUACAAAGCUGAGCUCUUGGGUUUGGAAGGAUUCGUCCCCAAAAAUUACAUCAAAAUGAAACCCCAUCCGUGGUAUUCUGGCAAAAUCUCCAGGCAAGGCGCCGAGAAGGCCCUUCUCAAACGACGGUUCCGGGGCGCCUUUCUCAUCCGGGAGAGCGAAAGCAGCCCAGGGGAUUUCUCCAUCUCUGUGAACUAUGGAGACCAAGUGCUGCACUUCAAAGUUCUCCGGGAGAAAAAGGGCAAGUACCACCUCUGGGAGGAGAAGUUCAACUCCAUCAAUGAACUGGUGGACUUCUACCGAACCACCACCAUUGCCAAGAAGAGGCAGGUCUUCCUGAGAGACCAUGGAGAAGCCGAGGAGCCCAAGAAGGCAACAUUUGUCCAAGCCCAGUUUGACUUCCUGGCCGAGAACCCCUCACAGCUGAGCUUCUGCAGAGGAGACAUUCUGAAGAUCCUGGACUGCUCUGACCCCCACUGGUGGAGAGGGAAGCUGGGGGUGAAAGUGGGCCUUUUCCCUCGGAACUACGUUUUCCCCCUGCGCAUGUGAGCUACCUGGCUCCCUCGGCUGGCGGAUGUGAUCAGCUGUCCCCUCUGGGCUUUUUCUCCUCUUGCUCCGUCUCACCCCUAGCCAGAGCCAGGCAAAAUUUUUCAUUUUCACAUUCCGAUCUUAAAAGAGGCGCGUUGCACACCCGGAUGGCCCUUCAGAAGCCGAGACUUUGGGAUUCAUCGCUGGUUGAAAUACUUUGCAGACUGAUCCCCAUCACUGGAGGCCAAACAAACCUCUGGAUAUUUUUAAUUAUUUUGUUUUGUAAAACAAUAUAUUUUUAGAAGUAAAACUGCAAUCCAGCUUCAAUCGAAGCGCUGCUCUAAGCCAGCCCUUGUUCAAAGCUGUCUUACGGCCCAGGUUUACCUUACCGGCAUCUGAUGAAGUCAAAGAGCUGAAAGCCUUUUGUGAAUUUAUGUGCUGGAAUGACCUACAGCUGGAAUAAGAGACCUCCGAUCCGAUCUGCUGGUGCAGCCCUGUUGAGAUCAUUUGUCGUAAAUUCCUACCACCCCACAUUUGUAGAGAAAAACUACAAUUCCCAGCAUCCCCUGACAAGAUGCAUUGACCGCAGACGGAUAGUGGAAAGGUCCCUCCUAGAGAUACCCUGCAGAGCGCGCUGGCUGGGGAAUUCUGGGAGUUGAAGUCCACACAUCGUAUAGCGGCCAAGGUUGAGAAACAUUGCUCCACCCAGCACCCCCACCCCCACCCCGUGGCUCUGGUCUUAGAGCCCCUCUUUGCCUGCCGCAGGAGGAGAUUUCCUGCAAAUCUUCCGGGUGUCCUGCAGAGUUUUGAUCUCAUACCAAGGAGGAGAUUCUCAAAAGUUAUCUUAUGGAUGCCAAAGUGAUUCCCACCAGUGGACUCAGGAAGCAAAUGGGGGAAUUCCCCCGUUUCUUUCUCUUUCUAAACAUUUCAUUGGCAUUUUGUUAUCCAAUCCAGCUCUCUCUGCUCCGCAGUCCUCUUGGUCAGCUGCCGAGUGCAAGGAAUGAAGGUGCUGAUAAUCAUCCAGCAGGUCAAAAAGUCCACCGCUCCCCUCCUUGACCUUCUCCUGCCCUCCUAAUCUUUAUGAGCCUUGCCCCAAAUCGGGUGUUUGCUCAGCUCCCUGCAGAGGUGCUCCCAAAACUUAUCAGGACCACUGUAGGGCUGGGAGCUGUUUUCCACCAGGUGGGCCUCCCCGGCUGGGGACCGACUACGAUACAGCCUCCAAGUGGCCCUCAGACCACACUGGGGCCCUCCAAGGAGACGGGAGGGCGGUCCCUGUCUUCCUAAGCAGCUCUGCUCUGCCAGAGAUACAAGUCUCAAAAAGUGAUUUAUUGGGACUUCCGGUGGAUUUUGCGUGCGUGAUGGCGGCUACUUUGUAGCCGUCCUCCUGGGUAAGUGUAAGAACCGCUAUGAACAGCAGACACCAGCUGUUCAGCGGUUCAAAAUC